AUGAAGAAGAAAGAAGUGAUAUUUUCUGGGAUGAUCGUUCUCCUUGUUCUAGCGUAUGGAGUUCUUCUUUUGUACGCUGUGACCGUCCAUCUCACCGUGAGGCACUACGUGAAUUUCAACUCAAGAACACGAUUGCAUACGAUCAAACAAGACGUGGAUCGCGAUUUUGGAGCCACCAAUCUCACGAACAUUGUGUUUGGGAUCAGCUCCAACGCCGCGAUGUGGGAUUCGCGCAAAGAACUCGUCAAGGCAUGGUGGAGGCCGGAGGAUCGAAUGAGAGGCUUCGUUUGGCUGGACGAAGCAGUGAAUUCCACUCUACCGGACCAGGACACGUUACCCGAGAUCAAAGUUUCCAGUGACACCUCCAAGUUUCGAUACACGUACGGAAGAUCACCAUCGAAUGGAAGGCACCACAUCCGCAUAGCAAGGAUUGUCUCGGAGAUGUUUCGCCUUGGGCUGGGAGACGUUCGCUGGUUCGUCAUGGGCGACGAUGACACGGUGUUUGUCCCCGGAAACUUGGCGAAAGUUCUCGCAAAGUACGACCACCGGCAACCGUACUACAUUGGAUCAAUCUCCGAGAGCCACUUCCAAAACGUGGAUGGAUUCUCGACAAACAUGGCGUACGGAGGCGCCGGAUUCGCGAUAAGCUACGCGCUCGCGGAGGAGCUUGACAAGGUCUUGGACUAUUGCCUGGAGAGAUACCAUGGAUUGUAUAGCGCGGACGCUCGGAUCCACGCCUGUGUGGCGGAAUUGGGGGUUCCACUCACGGUGGAGCGUGGAUUCCACCAGUUUGACGUGCUGGACGACGCCUCUGGAUUGCUCUCCUCGCACCCUCUGACGCCGCUCGUCUCGCUCCACCACAUCGAGCUCCUGGAUCCAUUCUUCCCAAGGAUGGGGAGGAUCGAGAGCGUCAAGCAUCUGAUCGGGAGCGCGCACGGGGUGGAUCCGAUGGGCUUGCUCCAGCAAUCCUUCUGCUAUGAUCCCGAUCGGAACUGGACGAUCAAAGUGUCUUGGGGAUUCGUCGUCCAGAUCCACCAGGGAGAGGUUCCAGAGAAGGAUUUGGAGCUUCCAGUGAGAACAUUCUCUGGGUGGCACCGCGACCGUGAUCGCGUGGGGAUUGCCUUCACGACGAGAGAGAACCCGGUGGACCUGUGUGACCGGCCGGUCAACUUUUAUUUGACCCGGUCAACGGGGCUCGAAGGCGGGAAGUCAAGCAGUAGCUAUGCGCGGGAAGAGAGGACACGGUGGAAGUGCUUACGCUCGGAGAAGGAUUUAUCCAUGGUGAAAACUAUACGCGUGGUCAAGGAUAUAACUCCGGAUCCAUGGCUGCUAGAGCGAAGUUUUGCGCGAUUGAUCGCUAGGGAGGGUAAGGCUGUUCUAGAGCACGAUCCAUUGCUGGUAGGGAGGGGAUUUAUAGUCGAUGGAACGCGCUCUAGAGCCGCGGGGUUUUGGAGUGAUUCGAAGCCGCAUUUUGCCGAUCGGCACGAUAUUUUCGAGAUGGAUCGCGAUACAGAAUCUCCGUUUUUGUUGUUUUCCAGGAAAAAGGGAAGCUCGUUUUGGAAACUCCACAAGCAGUUGUUCUUUGCAACGAUAAUUCUUCUUGCUACAAGCUGCGUCCUUGUUCUCUUGGGAACUAACUUCUCUUCACAGAAGCUCUACCGUGGCUAUUUCUGCGAUCGCCAUCUUAGGAGCGGCAGCAGCAGCAGCAGCACGACCAAAGUGGAGAAUAUAAUGUUUGGGAUCGGAGCAGGGUCACAGACUUGGGAUCACAGGAAGAACUACGUGAGGCUUUGGUGGCGGCCGAAUCAAACGAGAGGGGUGGUCUCGCUGGACAGCGCUGUGCGAGACAUGCACGAUGGAUCGCUACCUCCGCUCCAAGUCGUCGACAACAACGAGCUUUCGAGAAACUUCACCUUGACGGACCAGCAGAUGAAGGACCAGAUUAGAGUCUCGAGGCUUCCUUCGGAGUUGUUCCGGCUCAAGUUUUUCGGGGUGCAUUGGUUCGUUCUUUCAGACGACGACACCUUCUUCGUCGUGGACAAUCUCGCUCGGGUUCUCUCCAAGUACGACCACAGUCAGUUUUACUACAUCGGUGCUUUUUCGGAGAGCCACUACCAGAGUGUUACAGGGUUCUCGACAAACAUGGCUUUCGGGGGUGCUGGGAUUGCACUGAGCUACUCACUUGUGGAAGCGCUCGAGAAAAUGCAGGACGACUGCAUUAGGAGGAACGAUCACGUAUGGGGUGUCGACGGCAAGCUACAAGCUUGCAUGGCAGAACUUGGCGUGCCACUGACGUUGGACAGAGGAUUUCAUCAGAUGGACAUUCGUGGAGAUGCUAUCGGGUUGCUCGACUCUCACCCGACUACUCCGUUGGUUUCAUUGCACCACUUGGAUACGGUCGAUCCUAUUUUCCCAGGAAUGAAUCGGAUUCAAGCGUUGGCUCAUCUUUCGCUUGCCAUUCGGGCUGAUCCUUCUGCCGUCUUACAGCAGUCUUUUUGCUACAACGAUGUCUACGACUGGACGCUGAAAGUGUCUUGGGGAUUUGUCGUGCAAGUCAACAGGGGCUAUGUAUCUCCCAGAGAGCUGGAGUAUCCGUCCAGAACUUUUGUGGAGUGGUUUGGCUGUACUGCAGGUUCUUGCCUUAACUUUAAGACAAGACAGAUCGAUCGCAGCGAUCCCUGCUUGAGCACCGUUUCAUUCUUUAUGCUCAACGUCAGCCAGGAUGGUCUAGACAGCAACUAUUUCAAGAGGACAGGCGCAGGCAGCUGCGAAGAUAGAGAUCCUUUGUCACGCCUCGAGAUAAUUCGUGUAAGAAAACAACGCAGCCAGUACCGAGCCUUAAGAAGACAAUGCUGCAGCAUUCGCGAGCCUUCUAAGCAAAAUGAACAUGAGCUAGAGAUCAAGGAUUGUUGAAACGUUUUUUAUUCCUUAACAUGCUAACUUUCAUGA